UUGUUCUGGAAAAAACAUUUUUGCCCUUUUCUCUUUGGCUGCCACCACAACAUUUUAGGGGCAAUUUGUGUCUAAAAAUUACUUUUUCCAACCAGUGAUGUCACUUUGUUCUAUUUCAACCACAUAUUUAUUCAAUUAGGCCUUUGUUUGGUAGGUGUAAUUCAUUUGAUGAUGUCAUCGGGUUCUAUUGUGAUUCUUUUUUUUCCAAACCUUCCUAUUCUUUCUGUAUUAUUCUCUCUUUUUUAUCAAACAUCACAAAAUUAUUUUUCUUUUUUCUCUCUCCCGAAGCUUCUCAAGAUGCAGCUUCUUUCUUCUUCCUCUUCACUUUCUUUUUGCUUUUGGAAAAGCCACAUAGAUGUCAAAGAAGAAUAACCAUAUGAGAUCAAACGAUAAACCUGUUUACAUAAUGUUGUUGCGAUCUCAAGCAAAAGAUAUGGAGAUUUGUUUUUGGUUUUCGAUUCGAUUUCAAGCGAAGAAGAUGGAGAUCUGUUUGUGGGUUAUGAUUUUGUUUCGAGCGAAGAGUUGAUGGCGACGGAUCUGAUGUUUUCGGCGAUUUUACGGCGGUGUGCAAUUUCGCGGUGGUAGAUCUGUCGUAAAGCUCCAAAUUUUUUGCAUAUAUUGUGUUUAUAUUAUUUGGUAUUUUAUAUGUGCAGAUUUUAGGGUUCCAUACACCAGAAAUGAUGAUGGUAAAAAAUCUGUUUGAUGGAGAGGUGUCUGUUGACAAAAUUAAGCUUUGCAUUAUCAGCUUCCAUUGGAUAAGCAGUUGGAUUUUUAGGCAUUGGACAUCCAGAGCUUAUGAUAAAAUGGUGUCUAUUUGUAAUGUUGAAACAUGUUUUUUGCCUUUGUGUUUGUUCAACUUUUCUUUCAUACCAGUUUGCUUGGGGGUUUUCAGUUUUGUUGUUGGAAUUCCCAUUAGUUUCUUACUUGCAUAUAUUCUAUUUAAUCACUUUGAACCUAUAGAUUUUAAAGUUUGUAUUGUUGUAGCAUUCAACAUUAAUCUUUAUCUUAAAAGUUAAAACUCAUAUUUCAGGUUUUUACUUUGUUAUAUGUAUGAAUAUGAUCCUGAAAUGGAACAAUGGAAGGAGCGAAAAUUGUUUCUGGUUGAAAAAGAUUCACAUUAAGAAAGGUGUAAAUUAAUGGAUAUGGUGUACUUUUUUUUCUUCUGAAUUGGCUUCCGAAAUAAAUAGAGUAAAAGAUUUAAAGUAGAGUAAAGCAUGCUGAACAAAAAUGAGGAGGAAAGCCAAUGUAUGAUUUCAUCAUCAUGAAGAAAGUUAUCAACUUUUGUUCCAUUUUCAAAUAUUAAUGGGUGCUGAACUGAUUUUUUGUUGUUGCAGCAUAUCAUUGAUUUUUAAUGUUGAGAAUAUGGUUUUAUGAUAUGAAACUUUAUUAUUGUAUUUAUAUCUUUUUAUUGCAUUUGAUAACCUUUGAAAGUUGAUGUGAAAUUUGCUGAAAUUGAAAGCCAUACAUAUUGAAAGUCCAAGCUUGACCAUUUAAUUGAGUUUGAUUGUGUUUUUUUAUGAUUUGUCAUUUACACAUGACUUUGUUUUUCAUCAUUUCCUUCACCAAAUAGAUUUCUCUUUAAUUAUUUUCAAUAUUUUUUUUAUAGUUUUUUUACCAAGAUUAAGGACCAUAAUAUUCAUAUGAAAAUUAAUAUUUUUUUAAAUAACUUUUUUUUUAAAAAAAAAUAGAUCUAUAAAUAGUAGCUCCAUUAUAUAUUUCGGUGACAUAGGACGGUUUCUGGUGGUGGU